AUGUCGAGCAAGAGAGGCAUCUCGAUCCAACGAGUGGCCGGGUCGAUAGGCGCCGAGAUACACGACGUUGAUCUCUCGGAACUCUCGGAAAACCCAGGCAUUGUCAAGGAGAUCCGGGAGGCUCUGCUCCAACACCAAGUCAUAUUUUUCCGUAAUCAGAACCUGGAUCCCAAGGCAUACCUGGACUUCACAGCUCACUUUGGCAAGCCGGUCGAAUACCCCUUUGUCCGCGGCAUUGAUGGUUAUCCCGAGAUUAUUCAGGUCCUCAAACAGGAACACGAGACCAUCAACUUUGGAGGAAUCUGGCAUUCGGACACCUCCUACUUCGAGAAUCCGCCGAUGGGGUCGGUAUUGAUGGCCAAGGAAGUCCCGCCGUACGGUGGUGACACGUUAUUCGCGAAUCAGUAUGCUGCAUACGAGUCCCUGUCCGCGGGACUCAAGAAGGUCCUCUCCAACUUGAAGGCAGUGAGUACGUCGACAAAAGCAGACGCGAGCAAGACCCGCGAAGACCGCAUCCGUGACUCCGGAAACGCCUCGGCGAAAUCAGCGCUGGAAGCGGUCCACCCUGUUGUCCGAACACAUCCCGAAACAGGGAGGAAGGCUCUCUAUGUCAACGUGGCGCAUACCUCCCACUUCGAGGGCUGGACGGAGGAUGAAUCUGCCCCGCUGCUGCAGUACCUGUUCCAACACCAAGUGAAGCCGGAAUUUACAUGUCGAUUUCGCUGGGAGGUGGGCAGUAUAGCGUUCUGGGACAACCGAUGUGUUCAGCACAACCCGAUCAACGAUUAUCAUGGAUUUCGACGCAGGAUGCUGAGGAUCACCUUGGAGGGCGAUCGGCCUGUGUAG